CCGGCCACCUCCCCUGCCGCCACGCCCGGUCCCCGACCUCGCUUCCGUAGCCCCCCGCGCCCUCCGCGUCCCCUGAGCCACAGCCAUGUCCAAGGAGCGGCGCAUCCGGCGGGAGGAGAUCAUGGAGUGCAAGGUGAUGUGGGAGCCGGCCAGCAAGAAGAACACGCAGAUGGACCGCUUCCGGGCGGCCGUGGGUGCCUCCUGCGGCCUGGCGCUGGACAAUUAUGAUGACCUGUAUCACUGGUCAGUGAAGUCAUAUUCGGACUUCUGGGCAGAGUUCUGGAAGUUUAGUGGAAUUGUCUUCUCAUGCAUGUAUGAUGAGGUUGUGGACACUUCGAAAGGAAUCACUGAUGUGCCCGAGUGGUUCAAAGGCAGCCGUUUAAACUAUGCGGAAAACCUCCUGCGACACAAAGACAAUGACCACGUCGCCCUGUAUGUUGCAAGGGAAGGCAAAGAAGAGAUUGUGAAGGUGACCUUUGAAGAGCUGAGGCAGCAAGUGGCUCUGUUUGCAGCAGCAAUGAGGAAAAUGGGGGUAAAAGUGGGAGAUCGCGUCGUUGGUUAUUUACCCAACAGCAUGCAUGCCUUGGAGGCGAUGCUGGCAGUUGCGAGCAUCGGUGCCAUUUGGAGUUCCACAUCUCCAGACUUUGGUGUGAAUGGUGUUCUGGACCGGUUUUCUCAAAUCCAGCCAAAGCUCAUCUUCUCCGUGGAGGCCGUUGUGUACAAUGGCAAAGAGCACAACCACAUGGACAAGCUGCAGCAGGUUGUUAAAGGACUGCCAGAUUUGAAAAAAGUGGUGGUGAUACCUUAUGUUGCCUGUAGAGAGAAGAUAGACAUCUCGAAGAUUCCAAACAGCGUCUUCCUCGACGACUUUCUUGCUUCCGGGAAAGGAGAGCAGGCGCCGCAGCUGGAGUUUGAGCAGCUGCCCUUCAGCCACCCUCUGUUCAUCAUGUUCUCGUCGGGCACGACCGGUUCUCCCAAGUGCAUGGUGCACUCGGCUGGGGGCACCCUCAUCCAGCACCUGAAAGAACACAUUCUGCACGGCAACAUGGGCAGCAACGACAUCAUCCUGUACUACACCACGAUCGGCUGGAUGAUGUGGAACUGGAUGGUGUCUGCCCUCGCCACAGGCGCAUCUGUGGUCUUGUAUGACGGCUCCCCGUUGGUCCCGACGCCCAACGUGCUCUGGGACCUGGUGGACAGGAUAGGCAUCACCAUCCUCGGAACUAGUGCCAAGUGGCUGUCCGUGCUCGAAGACAGAAACAUGAAACCAGUGGAAACCCACAGUCUCCAGACGCUUCACACGAUCCUGUCUACCGGCUCCCCCCUGAAAGCGCAGAGCUACGAGUACGUCUACAGGUCCAUCAAGAGCAGCGUGCUCCUUGGCUCCAUCUCAGGUGGCACUGACAUCAUCUCCUGCUUCGUGGGCCAGAAUGUCUCGAUCCCUGUGUACAAAGGGGAGAUCCAAGCCCGGAACCUGGGCAUGGCAGUGGAGGCCUGGGAUGAGGAAGGAAAGGCAGUCUGGGGUGAGAGCGGAGAGCUGGUGUGCACCAAGCCCAUCCCCUGCCAGCCCACGCACUUCUGGAAUGACGAGAACGGGAGCAAGUACAGGAAAGCCUAUUUCUCCAAAUUCCCAGGUGUCUGGGCGCACGGUGAUUACUGCAGAAUCAAUCCCAAGACUGGGGGCAUCGUCAUGCUGGGCCGGAGUGAUGGCACGCUCAACCCCAAUGGAGUGCGGUUUGGCAGCUCGGAAAUCUACAACAUUGUGGAGGCCUUUGAGGAGGUAAUGGACAGCCUGUGCGUCCCCCAGUACAACCAGGACGGGGAGGAGCGAGUGAUCCUCUUCCUGAAGAUGGCUUCCGGCCACACCUUCAGGGCUGACUUGGUGCAGAGGAUCCGCAAUGCCAUCCGCCUCGGCCUGUCUGCCCGGCAUGUCCCUAGCCUCAUCCUGGAGACCAAGGGGAUCCCGCUAACAGAAGAUAGAAGUUAUUAGCUCCCACGGGCCACACUUGAAGCUUUUGUGUAAAGUUCAGAAGCUUGUACAGCACACGACACGUUUGCAUUUCAAGGCAAGAGAGGCUGAUGGCGCCAAGGGAAGUGACAGGCGGCCCCUCGGAAGCCUCCACUUAGAUCCUUAAUUAGCACACACCUUGCCUGAAGUUUUCAAAUGAAUGAAUUUUAAUUACAUCUCAGGUUAAAGGAAAAAAAAAAAAAGGCCAGUGCAAGGAGAUCAGGGCGCUGGCGGCUGUAUUCUGCUCUGUUGUAGAAGUUUCCUAGCCCAUAAACACGCCAACACCACCGAGAGCCCAUCUGGAUUAAAGAUGAAACACAUGUACCGUGCAUUUUAGAGGAGGCUUGGAAAGUCUGCAAAGAGUUGGGCUACGAGAAGAAUGAAGGCACCACCCCACUCAGAUGAGUGGUCCCAAGAGUCUCGUGAGGAUCGGAAGGCACUGGGGGAGGCUGGCUUUCCUGGUGCAGAACCGUGGAGUCCUCUUUGACACAGUCACAGGACGCCACCUCCUCCUGAGAUAACAGCAACAGCUGGUCUUUAUUGGCAGGCACUUGAGAAAGCUUUGUGUUAACUUCCCUACCCACAGCCCUCCGGACAGGUGCUACCACCCCCUGUACACUGAAGGAAACAAACUCAGGUCGAGUAACUUGCCCAAAGUCACCCAGAGGUGGUGGCAGGAGUCACACUCGCUCACUCCACGGAACCGCCUUCCGUAGGAUGCCUGUGGGACUUAGGGGCAGAGCUGUGGGGUUUCACCCAGGGCAGACGGCCUGGACGCUGAGAAGGAGAACCUUCAUUGUCUUCAGUCCAUGGGUGGGCUUCUGGUGUGGCCUUGUGAGGGUGGCACGUGAGUGACUCCUCAGGUGGAUUCCCUGGCUGGUGGAGUGUGCUGCCUUAGGAACAUUUCAUCCGCCCACAGUAGCCUCACAGCUUCCUUGAAACGGCAGGCUUUGUAGACAGCCAUGCUAGGGGCAGUGUAGGAGGGUGAGGGAGAGGGUGGAGUCGGCUUUAAGUGCUGGACCUUGAAAUUGGUUUUCAGCAGCGCUGAUUUCCUCCCAAAUGGAGGGAGACAGGUGUCUGUCCAAGGCACUUCGGCACAUGUUUUCAAACCAACCGUGGUGCUGGCCGCAUCGUCUCCGAGCAGAGAAUCAUUGGCUUUCAGCCCUCCAGUGGGGGGUUGGUCCUGCCUGGGUCUGGAUCUGCCUGAUGUCAGGACUGGGGGAUGUUUUCCUCCUUGUGUUUAGGUGCUUUGAUUUUUUACUCUUCCCUUGCAGUACACCCUCAAUGGCAAGAAAGUGGAAGUGGCUGUGAAGCAGGUCAUUGCUGGGAAGUCGGUGGAGCACCGUGGGGCUUUCUCCAACCCCGAGACCCUGGAUCUGUACCAGAGCAUUCCUGAGCUCCAG